UCUGGGCGGAAGGCGGCAGGGAGCCUGUGCUGACACUGUGCCGGUGCUGGUCACUGCUCUGACCCCUGCAGGACGGGAGACCCCAGGAAUGCCAGAAAGCUAGUGGAGAUUUACUGACCUUCAUUCAGAUUUUGGUGGCUUUUUGAGAAUGAACAGACGUUGCCAUGGAGGCAGAAAGUGAGGUGGAGUUCUCCAGUGAUGUUAAAUUUGUUCCAUUGUGGAGGAGAGCGAAUCCUCAUGCUGCACAGGGAGAGGGAUUGUACUGCAGUCGCAACCCCAGACCAAGACCGCAGUCUUAUCAGAACCCAAAUGGAUUGCUGGUCACAGAUUUCCCAGUGGAGGACAAGCAGUGCUUUACAGUGACCCAACCUGCUGAAAGGAUUAAAACUUCUCCAGAGUGCAAGGUGCUUCACCAAGGAGGAACGUACUUGGAUAGUCCUAAUGGCAAACUACAGCUAUCAUCACUGCUAUCAUCUCUGGAAUACAAUACGUUGCCCCCGAGCCACAGGCGUUCAUCUCAGCCCCUAAAAGUUGCUUCCAAUAAUUCUAUUACUUUUGCUACUAGUGAAACUAUUUCUUCCUCAAGCCCAAAAUCCAUGCUUCCAAGGCGGACACGUAGCAGUGUUACAUUAUCGCCUGACAGAGAGCAGAUUAUAUUUGGAUCUAAUGUUUGUUUUCCAUCUAAUGGGAUGGUUACCACUAGUAACUUCAGUCCAUUUCACCCCACACAGACCACAGAGCUCUUAGUUUCAGACUCUAUGCCAAGUUCUCCAAACUCUCCUUUGGAAGAGAAACGGCCUCUCCAAAGAACCCCAUCUAAUCCAGAAAAACAGUCCAUCGUUCUGAGUACAAAUAGCCCAGUGUCUCUCAAAGUAGGAGCACAGCAAAUCAUUCCCAAGGGCUUAGCCUCAGAAAUAAAGGUGACCAAUAAAACUAGUGGGCAAAACAAUCAACAUAUGGAGGUUAACAGAAGGCUGUUCAAGUCUCGUAGCAUGGUAGAGACAAGUACAGCUCAUCUGGUGGCAUCUCCAGUUGAUGGAGAAGCUGAGACGGACAGCCCCGGAACACUACGCAGGGGGCUUAGGUCCACCUCGUAUCGUAGGGCAGUAGUGAGUGGCGUGGAGUUCAACAAUCCAGCUGAUAGAAAAAAGAAUCAUAGGAUGUCUCAACCAAUCCUCAAGGCAGUUGUAGAAGAUAAAGAGAGAUUUUCCAGUUUGGGGAGGAUAAAGCGGAAAAUCCUACGAGGACAAGGGACUUUCGAUGGGGAAGAAAAUGCUGUUCUGUACCAAAAUUACAAGGAGAAAGCUCUGGAUAUUGAUUCAGAUGAGGAUAAUGAUUCCAAAGAGCCAAAAGAAGAAAGGAUCAUUAUUGAAUAUAAACCUCUAAGGUCGACGUGGAGUCAACUGUCAGUGGUGAGGAAAAAUGGUCUGUCACUGAAUGUUAGCCAAGAAGAAAGGAAAAGGCAAGAGGCGAUGUUUGAAGUGAUUUCUUCGGAACAUUCCUAUCUACUCAGUUUAGAAAUUUUAAUUCGGAUGUUCAAAAACUCUAAGCAGCUCUGUUCCACCAUGACCAAGACAGAAAACCACCAUCUCUUCUCCAAUAUUACAGAUGUGUGCGAGGCCAGCAAAAAAUUUUUUAAGGAACUAGAAGGAAGACAUCAGAAAAACAUUCUCAUUGAUGACAUCAGUGAUAUUGUCGAGAAACAUGCAAAGUCUACAUUUGAUCCCUAUGUGAAAUAUUGCACUAAUGAAGUCUAUCAGCAAAGGACACUCCAGAAACUAUUAUCUACAAAUGCACCAUUCAAAGAUGCCCUGGCCAAAAUUGAGUGUCAUGAAGAAUGCAGGAACCUCCCCAUGAUCUCCUUCCUUAUACUUCCCAUGCAGAGAGUCACUCGGCUCCCGCUUCUUAUGGAUACUAUUUGUCAAAAAACACCAAAAGAUUGUGCAAAAUAUGAGGCAUGCAAACGAGCUUUGAAAGAAGUUAGCAAGUUGGUUCGCCUGUGCAAUGAAGGAGCACGGAAAAUGGAAAGGAUGGAAAUGAUGGUGACAAUUAAUUCUCAAUUGGAGUUUAAAAUAAAGCCGUUCCCAUUAGUGUCGUCUUCUCGAUGGUUGAUGAAGAGGGGGGAGCUUACAUCCUACGUAGAGGAUACUGGAAUUUUCUCCAAGAAAACUACAAAGCAACAGGCCUACUUCUUCCUAUUCAAUGAUGUGCUCAUUAUCACAAAGAAGAAGAGUGACGAGAGCUAUAAUGUCACAGACUAUUCAAUGCUGGACCAACUGCAUGUUGAGCAGUAUGACAGUGAAGAGCCAUCUUCUCCAUUAAAAAAUAACACACCCAUCCUCUAUUCACGGCAGUGUUCGGCAAGCUACCUGUUCACACUCACCAUCCAUAGUAAUUACGCUGGAGAGGAGGUGGAGAUGCUGCUUGGAACUGAGAACCUAAGUGACCGAGCACGUUGGAUCACUGCACUGGGCCAGAGCACAGAAGAGCCAUGCACAGACAGAACAACUUUGACACAAGUUGAGAUUAUUCGGACCUACACAGCAAAGCAGCCGGAUGAGUUAUCCCUUCAAGUCGCAGAUGUUGUUCUGGUUUAUCAGAAAAUAAAUGACGGAUGGUAUGAAGGGGAAAGACUAAGGGACGGAGAAAGAGGCUGGUUUCCCGUUGAAUGUGCAAAGGAGAUAACAUGUCGGGCUACAAUAGAGAAGAACAUGGAACGAAUGGGACGUUUGCUUGCACUGGAAACCAACGUGUAGCCCCCGAGGUCAUGUUAUUGAUCAUUUCUUUACUGCACGAUUUGCACUAUAGUAGCAGCACUGUGUGGAUGGAAUGAGUUACCAUAUGCUUCAGUGCUGAACUGGGAAAGCACAAAUAGCCGCAGACAAGUGAACUUCGUUCUGUGUUUGGACUGAAGACAUCACACUGUUCCCUACUUAUCAGAUCUCACUGUUUACCCCUUUUGUUUCUGGAAUUUACAAGAGAAAGUUUAUGCUUUAUUCUCUAAUGCUGCAAGGCAGGAAAUGUCUAAACUGAGCGCUGAGCACAAGAGGAUGUCUUACAUCGGCCAGCACCUUCUGUGCUCUGAGAGAGGACGGCCACAGACCUCCCCCUUGGUUACAUAGGUGCACCGAAUGUUCUUGCUUAGAGUUCCAAAGGGUAUGACAAAUGGGAAUGCAUAUAUGGAGAAGGUACAUUUUAACAGCAUAAUAGUAAUUAGGAUAUUAAAAUGUCCCAUGAAUGAUUGAGAAGAUGUAUCAAGGCAAUAGUAGGAUGACUCUGGCAAGCAAGACAUCCAUGUUUAAGGUCAUUUGCUUUGGUUUAAAGAAAUAAGAUUGCCCAGUUACACGGUCUCAUAUGUAAUGUUAUGUACUUCACAAUACAAACAGCAUUGAGCAUAGUACGACUGAAUCAGUCACCAUUCCAGUCACACAGCGAUGUGAGUGCAAACAGCACAUUCCAGAGCUUGCAGAAAAGGGACCUAGGAUAUUUUAUUUUGAUAUUUACAUGGAUGGAUUAGAAAAUAAAUACAAUUUAAAUUUACAUUCUUAAAAAGGGAAUCAAAGUGGAUUCUUUCUUUAUCUAUCUAUCUAUCUAUCUAUAUAUAUAUAUAUAUAUAUAUAUAUAUAUAUAUGUGCCAGUAGAGGAAUGGGCGCACUUGGGUUGUUUUUCCACCCAAUAUUCAAUGGGGAAAAACAGCAGUCUCCCUAAGAUAUUUACUCCUAAUUCGUGAGCAUAAAACCACAUUUAACAUGUUCCAUGUAAAAUUUAUUACAACAUAAAAGCAAUGAUACAA